AUGAGUAUCGAUAUAUUUGGACGUUCACUACCAACUGGUGCUGUAAUCAGUGGACCACCAGGACCACCUGGACGAGGAUUUCAAGUAACUGUUGAUGGGCAGUACGAUGUUGAGAAAAAGAGACUGUGUCAUGUUGGCAAACCUGCUGAAGAUAGCGAUGCAGCAACUGUAAAAUUUACACGUGAUCUUGUACAUCGCGAGUUGUCUCUAAUGUAUGAUAGUAUGAGGAAUGAUCAGUCAGAGAUCAUUUCGCAUUUACACUCUCAAGUGGUAACACUCGACUCAGCUGUAACGCUAUUGAAAAAAGAAAAUCAAGAACUAAAACUAGAAUUUUUGUCAACAAUGGAGGAGGAGGAGGACAAGAAAUCAGUAAUAGCGUAUGAGCUGCAUAGACAAGCACGCAGGAAUUAUCAACGUCGUCAUGUUGACAUACGAGCACUUGAUGAAACUUGGCAAGCUGACUUAGUUGAAAUGAUUCCUUAUGCAACAGUAAACAAAGGAAACAAAUAUCUGCUAACUGUCAUAGAUAUUUUUUCAAAGUAUGCUUGGGCUGUACCGAUUAAAAGUAAAAGUGGCAGUGAUGUCACCAGUGCAAUGAAAUCUAUAUUUCAACUAGGACGUGUUCCAAAAAAUUUGCACGUUGACCAAGGCAAAGAAUUUUAUAAUAAAGAAUUUCAAGAACUUAUGCAACGUAAAAACAUCAACAUGUACUCGACAUUCAGCAACUUGAAGGCAUCCAUAUGUGAACGAUUUAACAGGACACUUAAAAAUAAAAUGUGGCGUGAAUUCUCUGCACGUGGUACCUAUAAAUGGAUUGAUAUACUAGAAGACUUAUUGGAUACUUACAAUAAUACCAAACAUCGGACAAUUAAAAUGAAACCUGCUGAUGUAACUGCUGCUAAUGAAAAAGAACUGCUGGAAAAAAUAUACAAACCUCUUCAAGCUCAGCAACAAGCGCGAAAAAAUAAAUUCAAAGUCGGAGACAAAGUUCGAAUCAGCAAGUACAAACAUGUGUUUGAGAAAGGUUACACACCCAACUGGACGACUGAAAUUUUUACAAUUAAGACUGUGCAGAAAACAAAUCCAACAACGUAUAAGCUCGUAGACUAUCAGGAUAAGCCAAUUGAAGGUGGAUUUUAUGCAGAAGAACUCAGCAAAGUCAAAUAUCCAGAUGUAUAUCUAGUGGAGAAAAUUAUAAAAAAACGCGGAAAUAAAUUGUACGUAAAGUGGCUCGGCUUCGAUAGCUCCCACAACAGCUGGAUUGAAAAAUCUGAUCUGUAA